CAAAUGGGCCUGCAAUCAAUAUAAGAUGUGUGCGGAUCGCGUGGGCACUUUAAUUAGCCUAAUGGAUUGAUUUGGCGAAGCAAUCAAGUGCAGCGACAAGAAGUUACAACGCAGACCAGUAGCCUAUCCUUACAGCCGAAAGUGAAUGCAACACGCGAUUCUGGAACCAAGUGCAGCUUAGAUAGAAAUAAAUAUUUUCCAACAUUUUUCCUCCACAACCGCACAUUUAAUCGGGCCCUCUGGUGGUCGGUGAGCUUGUACCUAUAGGGGUGCCCCCAAACGGAACGGAAGUUAUCAAUCAAUCCCGGGGCAGGAGUGCCGUUUUGUGCAAGACGCUACUGGAGAAGAAUUUUAAAACGUAAAUUAGUGCAACUCUAAGUGUGCUCGCGAGUGAUAACUUUUGUGCUGGUUUUGUGGUUGGAGUUUGGGGGGCAUCGUUUGUGUGUUUGUGUGGGACAGAGACAGAGCUUGUCUUCCGAAAGAGAACGGUUCUCUGGUUCUGGUGGUGGUCGACAAUGGAUACUUAAAAUAGGACUGGAAGAUGGCUGACGACGUCAGGGAUUGACAGCGCCGCAACAUACACACCAGUCCCCACCAAUCGACAAACGGGCGUCAUCCGCCGGUAGAUUAGUGCCUCAGCGCCAUGCCAUGGGUAUGAACAUGUUCAGCCGGAACGAUGAGCGCUCGAACGCAACAGCCUCAGCUGGACAGUCGCGAUCGCGGUUCGACUUCUACUACAACAACAACACGAUCUCAUCACCGUCAUCAUCGGUGGAAAAUCAAGCUUACUCCGACAACCAGACCAGCCUUUUCGGGGACCCGGUCCUUCCGGCAACUCGCCAUGCCGAUCUACUGGAGGGCGGGGAUCUAUACCAGAACCUCAAGAACAACAUCGAACUGUACCAUUCGAAGCUGUACAACGAACAGGAGAAGCAACGGCAAGCUGAACGGGAUCGGAUGUUCAACCAGUUCACUGGCCAGCGAGGAUCGUCUUCGGCCACAACCAGCAGCAGCGGGGCAAAGGUUCCCUCGCUCAGCAAUACGAACGUGACCAACUAUGGGGAGGAUCCGGCGGCGCAGAAGUUUCAACGGACGCGGUCCGCCAAUUUAAACCUGGAUGCGAUUGGAAACCGACCCAACCUUCAGAACAUGGACCUGCUGAAGCACAACGAUUGGAUCAACUUUUCCGAGUACGAGUACAGCGACAGCCUGAUUCCGAAGACAUCGCAAGCGGUGGUCGACAUCCAGCAGUUCGCAAACAACAACCUGAACCGUACGAUUGAGAAUGGCGUCUUCCAGAACCCACGUGCAGCUGCCCUGAAGGCCCGUCGUAACUCCAUGAGUGACAACCUGUACGCUCCCUCUUCUAUCAGCGGGUACGAAAUGGUGGACAAACUAAAACCUUCGACCUUCACCAUCCUGGGUCAUGGUGUGACGGAUCCCCGGUUGUACGAUGGAUCGUCAAUGUACUUGGGCGGAUCGGACAUUACCAAUUCGGCGGAAGCCAUGAGUGAGUACGAACGGAUGUUGCGGUAUCACAAGCUCGAUGCAACGAAACCUAUUCUCACGGAUAAGAUCACAACCGGGUCCAAUUUUAGAGUUCCCGAAGGACGCCAACACAAGAAGCCUGCCUUUACAAUCAUCAACGAAAGCCUGCCCAAAUCGAACUCGUUCGACACCUCCACGGGACCGUUCCUGCCUUACUCAGCCAAACAACAGCUGCCUACGACCAGAAUCCUAUCUGCCAGCUCUGUUGGACAUAGUGCCUUCCUCAAUACCCGCGGCCGUCAGUUGAGCAUGACGUCCGACGAUCCGUUUCUAGCGUACCAACGUCGAUUCAGUAACGCUUCACAGGUUUCACCUACGUCCACAGGGAAACGUCGAAAGUCCGUUUCGAAGAAAAGCGCCGGUCACGGCAAAAAGUCCAAAAGUAAAACCGCCACCGCUAACGUACCGAAUCCCAACCGAAAGCAGAGAGGAGUGCUAGGUAUAUUCAACCGAGCGACUCCUUCACCUACCAAACAACCGAACCAUGUCAAAAGUGCCAAACUAGAAGUUAUCGCAGCUUCCGAUGACGGACAAUCGUCAACCACGCCGACUGAAACGACCGAUAUGAUCGAAAUCCCCGAGCAUCAGCUACGAAACUUGAAGAUGUUCUCCUACAAACCAUUUGCUUUACGGCCGACGCUCUCUCCUGUGCAAGACAAGAGUUCUAUGGAAAACUCGCAAAUCGACUUGAAGGAUACUUCGCCAGCCAAAGAGAAGGGUGGAUAUUUACGAACCCCAGUGUUCAACAUCCGUGGUUUGCUGUCUCCUGGGAAGUUCAAAAGCAAAGGUGAAUCACCCACUAGACCCGAAAAGACAGGUCUGUCAUCUGUGGGUGCAGCAAUGAAUGCAGCCAUGGCUGCCGCAGCUGUAGGAGACGUUAAGCGAGCGGAUAGCAAAGAACGUCAAGAACCACCGAAGCGAAGGGGAUUCAAUCUAGCCAGAGCCAUCAUUGACUAUGGCAAGAAAUCCGAUCAAGAAGAGGAGAAAAAGGCAAAACCAGAACCUCCGAAACCGAAACCGGAAGUUAAGCGGGACGGACGGCGGAAAGAUUCGGAAGGCAAUCGUGUGAAAGACAAGAAGGAAAGUCCAAAGAAGGCGACUCCCAAGAAGAAAGCGAAGACGAAAACCACGGCGAAGAAAGGCGGCGCCAAAGACGAUUACGAUGAUUACUACUACGAGGAAGACGAAAAACCAAAGCGUGGGAUGUUGAGAGGGGCGUUGAACCUAGCGUCGAGCUUGAGAGGUGGCAGUAAGAAAGGAACGACGAAAGAACCCCCAAAAGCCAGUCGGGUAGCGAGUGCAAAACGAGGAGGCCAGAAAAGUGCAACGAUGGGUGCAGGAAGUAGGGCAUCCGCAGGAGUCAAGAGUGGUAAAGCAAACGAAAGAACUAGCCAGCGUGCUGGAGAUAAUAGUGGGAAGGCGAUGCCCAAGGCAACUCCAAAAUCGGCAUCUGGUCCCAAGGGAAAACCGUUGAGGCGAAGCAGUUCGACUAGCGCCCUGAAUGUAGAUAGCGUUAAGAAAUUGAAUCGAUUGUACGAGAAGAAUGCAAAGGCGGGCGAUCGCAACGGGAAAAUGCUGAAGGGAGACAAGAAAACCCGACAAUCAUCCGACAGUCUGCUGAAGAAGUCUGACAGUAGAGGAGAACUGAAACAAAAGACUGGAAUCAAAUCGGCUACGGAGAAGGAAAUCGUGAAACGGGACUCGGAAAAGUCCUUGAAGAAGAGUGAUAGCAACAAAUCCAUACUAAAAUUGGGCAAGAAGAGUGACUCGAAGGGGUCCCUGCACGGCAAACGAUCCGAUUCGAAGACCAGUCUCCAUCAGACUGAAGCAAUGGCAUCGAUGGCAGCAGGCUCGGUAGCGGCGGCCAUGGAGUUUGCAGGUAACAGCGGAGGGCCCAAAUCGGAUGCAGAGUCGCUGAAAGCUGCUCUGAAUACGUUGAAUGAGGCGACCGCUGAUAGCGGAAUGAGAUCCACCAAGGUUACGCCCACUCCCCAUAGGAAGCUGCAAAGUAAAGGAUCCUUGUUAAGUUUACUAAGCAUGAAAAGCACUACCCGUAAAGCGCACGAUGUCGAGGCUGGAAUGGGAGAUUCCGGAGGAAAGGAUUCACGUCCCGGUACGGCACAAACAGGUGUAGGCCGGUUGAAGUCAGCAUCCGUGAGAAACAUGUCCGCGAAACCGGGUACUCCUACCGGAACAGAAGGGGAGUUUGGAUCGCAAGGCAGCAUUCGAGAGAAGCCAGGCAGUACCAAACCUCAGCGGAGGGGUAUGCUGAGUAAAACCAAUAGUUCAAUUUCAAUGAAGAGCAUCGUCCAUGCUCGAUCGUUUAUCAACAUUCGGCCAUCGUCGAAGACCGAUGAUAUGAAGAAGAUCGAUUCGAUGCCUCAGAUGAGCAAAGUGCAGGAAGGAUCCCAAGAGCAAGACGAUGCCGACGAAGGAUUGACCAUGGCAAUGAGAGGAGGAGGAGGAGGAGGAACCAUGACGACGGCCUCAGCAACGCAUACGAUGACAGUGGCCGGAGUGGGAGAGGGUGAGAAAGUUUCCAACGAGUACAACGAACAGCGAGCUAAAGGACAAUCGCCGGAAACGGGUGCCGGACAGGGCGGCGGCAGUUCGAAGAUGAUGGGAAAUGAAUCAAGUGCCAACACCGACUCGAUGAUGAUGCAGCGACAUCAGGGCGAGGAGGAUAACAGUGACGAAUUUAACGAGACUGGAAAAUCGAAAUGUUGUACCUGCUGUGGGCCAUGCUGGACCAAGACGUGCCUUCCGUUUAAGCGCUGCUUCAGCUGUAGUUCCUGCUGUGGCCGGUGCCGGAGCAAGAAAGGCGGCGCCAACAAUUCCCAUCCGAAACCGAAAGUGGACGCCAAGCCCCGACCAUCCUGUUGGCAACGGUUGAACUGCUGCCGUAGCUGUCGGCGGUCGAAAACGUCCCCGGCGGAAGCGCAACCCCCGGCGGCCACUCCGAAGAAAUCCUGCUGGCAGUCGCUGAGUUGCUGUGCCAGCUGCCGCCGGAACAAAUCCCGUGAGUUGGUGCCCCGCUCGUCGAUCGACAGCGAACCGGAAGAGAAGCCCUCCCGAUGCCGGUCCUGCUGGAGCCGACUGCUGUGCUGUAGCCGAUUUCGCAAGGGCAACAAGGUGGUCCAACGCCACAAGAUGCAGCCGGACCCGGCCGAGAUGGAAACGGUCAAGUGUUGCUUCUGCUUCAAGCGGACGCGACCCAAGAAGCAGGAAAAACCAAAGAAGCCCAAGCCUAAGGUUAAGUCCAGUUUCAACUGUCUGAGCUGUUGCAUCAUGUGCUGUCCGAAGAAGGGCGACAACGGAAGUCGGAGGACGAGCAACUUCAGCAAAAAGCAGAGUAUAGCGCCGACGAUACCUCCAGAGGAUCUCCGUCCGAAAAUCGACAUGUCCUUGGUGGAGCACUCAUCCAUGAUGCGAGGCGCCAUCCCAGUACUUCCAAUUUGUUUGGCUUACUUUUGUUUGAUUCUCAACGUUGUGAUACCCGGCUCGGGGACCAUCCUGUCCGGAGCGCUGUGUCUCUGCAUUGGAAAGCCACGUUUUUCGCAGCACGACUCGAUCAAGGGUCGCAUCGGAUCGUUCAUCAUCAACUGUAUUGUGGGAGUGUCGCAGUGCUUCACCAUCAUCUUCUGCGUCGUCGGGUGGGGCUGGGCCAUCUGGUGGGGAACCAUUAUGGUGCGAUUGGCAAAACAACACCAAAAGAUUCUGGAGAUGGAAGCUGCGCAGCAGGAAGGCGAAGAGCAGACGACCCUAUCGCAACAAACGGGAGCUUCCAAUCCACCCGUAGCACUGGUUUCACAAAAUCACCGCCGAGACGUGGAAACGGGUCGAUAAGUGAACCCCUCCAACCCCAACCUAUGUAAUUCCUAAUCCUUACACCGCAAUCCCACUUCCUACUAACCUGCACGAAACACCACCUUACCGAGUCUAUCCACGGGAACGGGACCACAUCCGCCCUCCCCCCAAGUGGAUGAGUUGAUCUGAUUGAGCAAACAUUUUUGUAACAUAUUUUUGAACGCGAAACAACUUGGUUGGAACCUGGUAACGAUUGGCCAGAAGCAGAGCUUCGGCCGUCGGAUUUUUUAUGUAACUUUCUACUGUUGAGCUUACGGUGUAAUGUACGUUUCCAGAACGCAGAGGACGAAACAGAUGAUGAUUUGUUAGAAAGAAUGGGAAAAAUAAAGUUAUGUCUUUUCACAUUUUACAUUGCAGAA